CGCCGGCGAUUCCAUCGAGCAUCGAAAUGGGCCGGGCGAAUUUGGAAGAAAGCCCAAGAAUUGGCUGUCAGGCUCUGGGAAUUUGGGCGCUCGGAUCGAAGGAAGAUCAUAUUUGCAGCUAAAAUGGGACUGGCGCUCUCACUUAUAUCGAUACUGAUAUUUUACAAAGAGCCCUCGAAAGAGAUUUCUAGUCAUUCUAUUUGGGCUCUUCUCACUGUGGUUGUCAUCUUCGAGUUCAGUAUUGGCUCAACACUAAGCAAAGGAUUUAACCGAGCUAUAGGGACAUUAUCUGCUGGUGGACUCGCUCUUGGAGUUGCAUCUUUGUGCACCAAGGCAGGGGAGUGGGAGGAAGUAUUCAUUGUUAUUAGCAUCUUUCUUGCUGGUGAAAUAUCAAACUUAAGUUUUCAUUUACUUCUAUACUUUUUUCUUCCCAAUUCUGAUCUUUUUUUGUGGAUGCUAGGCUCCAUCACUACCUUCAUAAAGCUAUACCCUACUAUGAAGCCUUAUGAAUAUGGAUUUCGAGUUUUCAUGCUCACUUUUUGUAUCGUAAUGGUGUCGGGAAAUAAAACUAGACAAUUUAUUGGGACAGCCACUAGCCGAUUUUUUCUUAUUGCCAUUGGUGCUGCUGUUGGUUUUGGAGUAAAUGUCUGCAUCUAUCCAAUUUGGGCUGGAGAAGAUUUGCAUAAUUUGGUGGUGAAGAAUUUCAUGGGUGUGGCUAAAUCUUUGGAAGGUUGUGUCAGUGAGUACCUUCAAUGUGUUGAAUAUGAGAGGGUACCAUCGAAAAUUCUUACAUUCCAAGCAUCUGACAAUGCUGUGUACAGCGGUUAUAGGUCCGUUCUUGAAUCAACAGCUCAAGAAGAUAAUCUCUUAGGUUUUGCUAUUUGGGAGCCACCUCAUGGCCCUUAUAAGAAAUUUAGAUAUCCCUGGAAGAACUAUGUCAAAGUUAGUGGUGCUCUAAGGCACUGUUCCUUCACAGUUAUGGCAUUGCAUGGCUGCAUUCUUUCAGAAAUUCAGGCACCUGCAGAAAGGAGACAAGUAUUCAGCAAUGAGCUACAGAGAGUAGGUACUGAAGGUGCCAAGGUCCUUCGUGAAAUUGGAGAAAAAAUCAAAACCAUGAGAAAACUAAGCUCAAAUGACAUCCUCUACGAAGUCCACGAAGCAGCUGAAGAGCUUCAAAAGAAAAUAGAUCGGCAGUCUUACCUUUUAGUAAACUCAGAAAGUUGGGAAAUCCGAGGAAAACGCCAAAACCCUGGAGAGAAAAAUGAUAUCUUCUCUGGUCUCAACAUCAUAGAGAGCGAAGGAGACAAAUUUCUUGGAAUCAAAUCCCACAGUGAGGCAGGGCUAGAUCUCAGAUCUUUUCAGCUCUUUUCAAGAAGCUGGGAUGUCCAUAAUCCUAGCAUUGUUCAGCAGCAACAGCAGAAAGCAGAAAAAACAUAUGAACAUGAAAUAUCAUGGCCAGCUCGGAGAUCUUUCAAUCUGGAGGAUGUGGUGGUUAAUGAAGAGGAAUGCAAAACUUAUGAGAGUGCAAGUGCAUUGUCACUUGCAACGUUUGCUUCGCUUCUGAUUGAGUUUGUGGCGAGGCUUCAGAAUGUUGUGAAUGCUUUUGAGGAGUUAGCUGAGGCUGCACAAUUUCAGGAUUGUGUAGAUGAACCAGUUACAGAACCCUCCGGGUUAUGUGAGAGGUUAUUGAAGUUAAUUAGAUCGAAGUGAUGAAUAAGAGUGCAAUUUUUUUUCUUUCUGGCGUAGCCGGUUAAAAUAACCAAAGGUACUUUUCUCGUACGAACCAGAAGCAUAUGCUUGAACUUUUAUUUAAGAAACGAUCAUGGCGCAGGUGAAGUUUGCUGGAGGAAGUGUACUCUAUUUUGUCUGUAAAAGUGUAGACUGGUGGCUCUGUAAAUGUGAUAAACGAUCUAAAUGUAUAUUGGAUAUCAUUAGUUGUUGAGCAUUUGCUGCAUCAACUUGUUACUGAGAAGUCCAUGCCACCUCCCACUCAACUUUGUAUGAUAAACACAACAAUUUCUAUGCCAAUGCUCCUUGUGUCA